GUUCAUUUUAUGUUGGGAGAAGAGGGAGACCCCAGCCAGCAGCAGCAGCAGCAGCAGCAGCCAGCCUGACAUCCUCACCUGCUGAUUAUUACCCACUACACACACUCCACAGCCUUCAUGAGUACACCCUUAUUGUAGGACUCAUCAGCAGCCAAGAUGAUUGAUGUUACUGUGAAAACGUUGGAUUCUCAGAAUCAUCAUUAUUCAGUUCCAGAUGAUAUUACUGUGAAGCAGUUCAAAGAAAGGAUAGCAUCAUCUGUUAACAUCCCAGCUGACAAGCAGAGACUUAUUCACUGUGGACGUGUUUUGCAAGAUGACAAGAGACUCUCCGAUUACAAUGUACAUGAAAAGGUAGUGCAUCUGGUGAUGCGGGCCCCUCCUCAGGCAAACAGUCGAAGUGGCAACGGAGGCGCGAGUUCUUCUGGCACUGGAUCCCCUAAUGGUCACCAUCACCACCACCAUCACCAUCAUCACCACCAUCACCAUCACCGACGUCAACAGCCUCCAGAGGGUGCUCAAGUCCUCCUUGGAUCAUUUGUUGUUCCAGAAGAUAAUGAACCAUUGGUUCCUCCAACACAAGGACCGAGUUCUUCUGGGGUACGUCUGAAUCAAGCUCGAACUAUGCUGGAUCGGGCCUCUGCAGUUCUUGACCAGUUGGACCAAAGACUUCGCUUGGGAGAAGAAACUAUCCCGUCUGCAGAGUCUACACCAGAUAGCGACCAAGCUGCUAGUGUAGCUGAGCCAGUAAGAGAUUCAGGUGUUAUGGAAACUGAUUCUGUUUGUGAAAACAGACCAGAUAAUGCUACACCGGAUGAGAGUGUGACUACAGCAAGAAGUGCAACCAACCCACCUGUUGAGGAGAUGGAAGCACUGUACUCAGAAAUGGAUGCUCUUAAUAAGUAUGUUAUAACAUGGAUUUUAAUUACAUUUUUGUACAAUGCUUUAAUAAUUUAUUAUUUUAAUUUUAUUUUAGAUCCCCGACCAUCAGCAGCAGAAGGUACCAGGCAGAGCAGUAGUACUAGUGCCUCCUCUGUUACUGGCACUGGUAGUAAUGCUGCUGCUCACACUGGUACUACAGCUGAAACAGACAAUGGUAGGAGUGGUUCUGAGGGUCGGGACAGACUCAGUCCUGGUGGUACAGGUGCAGCGACAUCCAGCACAUCAGAUGGAGCAAGUAAUGAUGGAGGGCUAGGAAAUGUACGACUAGAACACCCUCGGUGUGCUGUAAUGGUGGAAGUUUUAGACCAGUACAAUCAAAUACAGCGCCGUCUUGAACCAUACAUGGCUCGCUAUCACCAAGCUAUGGCUAAUGACCCUGUCUACUCUGAUGAGGAUACAGCCUCAUUACAACAAGAGCAGUGGCUUUUGUGGCGGGUAUCAGAGGUACUUCAUUUCGUUUCACAUGCCAUGCAUGCCAUCAGUGAUAUAAUGGUGGACCUCCGGCGUUCACCCCCACGACAAUUAAGGGCUCGGCCAAUUAUAAUUCAGCAACCAGCUCUUGUGCAGGCCCAGAUCAACGUAACAACCAGUUCUGACCCAGCACGAGUGAGUGUGACCGGAAGGAGUGGCGGCCGUCCUAGCACUGCCAGUCCCCCAGCAUCUACCACAAGCUCCACACCUACCACAGCUUCAGCAAAUACAACAACCGCUUCCACCUCAUCCUCAGUGUCUUCGUCAGCUCGGUUUUUCACCAUUCCUGGGCCAGGUGGCACCAGUAUUACUCUACCUGUUUCCUCUGCAUCCUCUUCUGCCACUCCCUCAACAGCAUCUACAAGUUCUAGCUCUAAUACAUCCUCUACUAGUAAUGUGUCUCAAGCUGCAGCAGCACAAGCUCGCAGUUUAGCCUCUCUGUUAAAUUUAGGAUCCAUGCAAGGAUUUCCUAUGGAUGGAGGUGACUUAGUGCUGAUGGAGGUGGGGCCACAUGGAAUCACCAUCGACUCUGUUUCUGCUGAAGGUAGUGGUGCAGGUGGAUCUGCUCCCCCUCCAGAACUCAUUCAGAAUAUAGUUUCCUCAAUUACAAACCAACUGGGCGUCCGCCUUGGUGGUAAUCCACUCUCCACUUCGACUUCAUCACCUUCCUCAACCAAUAACUCCAGCUCUGCCAGUACUGUUUCCUCUGCAUCUGGCCCAGGUGUUCAGAGUACAGGCCCAGGACGGAACAGUCAGGCUGCAGGCAACAGUGGCACCAGCACAACUAAUGUGACACAGACCAGAGUGACACACCGACCUCAUGUGCAUGUGACACCUCUUAAUGUACCAGGGAUGGGUAUGAACCAAUUUGACCCAUUCCUUCCAUGCCAAAGCCACCACAUCAGACCUGCUACGAGGAGGAGACAUCAAGCACAGCCACAGGCACAGGAGAGCAGUACUGCUGAGACAGCUCAGGUUCGCCCUCAGAUUGGAGUCUCGCCAACUGCAUCAUCUGCCAACCCUCUUGCUCUCUUUGCAAAUUUGAUGGCUGAAGCAUUUAGUGGAAGGCAGGGAAAUGCAGCACAGCAGCAGCCAGAACAGCAGCAACAGCAGUCACAACAACCAGCUUCAGAUGGCAGUGAACCUCAGAUCAGUGAUCAAAUGUUUGCUCAGCUGGUUCAGGGUGUUAUGUCGCAAGUGUCAGGUUCAUUGAAUGCUGAAGGUAGCACCAGUAACAGUCAACAAGCUGGUGCUUCACUCCAUGAGUUUCUGCAGCCAUUUGAUGGUGGAAUGUUUAGUGAAGGCGAAGAAGACUCUCUCUUCUAUCAAUUAUUUAACACUGUGGCUCUGUCACUCUCUAUUGGGGACCUCGUUCAACUUUUCUUUGGACGUGCAACAACAGUAAAUCAGCUCCGGGCUCCUUUGCAACAAUUUGUGAGGGAGAGAGCACUUCAAGGAAAUCAGCCUACUGAAGAGAAUUUAGAUCGUGCCAUUGAUAACGUUAUUCGUGAUCUUCAUCCUCAUCUUGUCCUUACUGCUGGAGAUGCACAUGUACAUGAAGGAAUUGAUUACGUUAAUACUGUACAUAACUUCAUCCGACAUCGAUUACAUGAUAUUUUCAACUUGGUGUUGAAUCAUACUGAUGCAGAAACCUUUGGGCCAUCAUUGGUGUCUUUAGUUCGACGAGCACUUGGGGAAUUUAUAGCUCUCUCACUACACUGUUUCACAGAUGGAGCUCAAGGAUUAGAGCGAGUAUUACAAGAAAGAGUUCGCUCUAUAAUGGCAGGAGUGAGUCCAGCUAUCCAAACAUGGUCUGUCAAUACUUCAAUAAUGCAGCUAAGAUCUAUGAUGAGCCGAAUGACCAUAACAGAUGAUCACAUCCGAAGAUAUGUGGUGUCCCCUGAUGAAGGUCGAAGGAUGGAAGAAGAACGUAAUCGCAGACAACGUGCAAGCAGAUCUCUUGCUGCACAGCCAACGCCUCCAGCAGCUGCUACUGAGCAGAUUGCUACAGAAAAUGUUGUUAAUGUAGCACCUUCCAAUGGGCCUGUAGUAGAGCCAAUGGAAGUUGAGGAAGUGGGCUGCAUGGAAGAGGUAUCAACAACUGGUUUAGAAUCUGAAUUAGAAAUAACUGUAGAAGGAGCAACGGGAGAAACUGAUGAAGAUAAAGAGGAAGAUUCUUUGACAGAUGAUGCUCCAAUUAUCAUCAAUGGAGGAUCACAACCAUGGCAUUCUGCUGUCCCACAGGACUGGAUUCCUGUAAUAACACGGGAUGUUGAAAGACAACGACGAGGAGUGCCAGACACAAGUUUAAGUGAUGCUUAUCUAUGUGGCAUGCCACUUAAGCGUCGCAAGCUUGCAUCACAGCACAAACCACAUGGCUCUGUGCAGCAAGUUGUACAAGAUACUUUGCGGCACAGCAUGCGAGGUGCAGGUGUCAACCGUGUAGUUAUGGACAGUGUUGCAGGUGAAGCUGGCAGUCAGCUAGGAGAGUCAUUUGCUGGUCAUAUGCGCACAUCGCUCAGGGAACGCCUCAAUCAUAAUAAAGACUUUCUUCCUGAGAAAUUCCCUAAAAGUGAAGAGCAUAUAAGGAAAGAGAAGUAAAUUUUCAAUAUGUAUAUUUUAAAAGGCUUAAAAUUAUUUAUCCGUGUAUGAAUUUUCCUGAAUUACUUCAAGCUUUGUAAUCAUAAUUUGUGAAAUACUGGUUCUGGAGUGAGGAGAAACUUUUAAAACUCCCUAAGUAUGGAAUUGACAAAUAAUUUUAACAAGACAGAAUUUUGUUUUUGAGGGGAAUUGAAACUGGGUACAAGAAUCCCACAAAACUUAGUACUGUAAGGAAUAGCUUUAAUGUAUGCGAAGAUUCCUUACAAAUAUAAAUCUAUAUACGUCUUUUAGGAGUGUAUGUAUCCCUAAAAAUUACAACUACUUAGCAAAAUUAUAACUUUUUGGGUUAGUAAGUUCCUUAUACUGUAUUGUACUUACAAUGAUACCCUUGACUUGCUCCAAACUGCAGAUAUUGUCUGUGAUUCAUUUAUUCACACUCGUGAAGACUGAUAUGGGCAUGCUGUAAGGAGGACCCCAAGUGGUGCUUAGGUUGUGCCUCAAAAGUAGAAAUCUUUGAAAUGUUAAUGUUUGAGGACUUCUUAAGACAAAUAUUUAAUUAUGUAUGUUUAUCAAUUAGCUGUUGUAAUUGAUCUUGGAUUACCUUAAAUGCAUUAAAAAAUAGAGUAAA